AUGAGCGACCUGCAGGCCACCUUCGAGUUCUCCGUGGAACUUUACAAGUUCUACAAUGUCGAUCUCUUUCAAAGAGGACUAUACCAAGUGCGCGUGGGAUUACGCGUGUCACCUAAGGUGCCGGUAAACAUCGAGGCGACGGUGUCGAGUGGCAAUGGUGCCGCUAGGACCGGCAGACCUGCUGCUAAUUCAUCCCUCAUCGGUGGCCUCGCUGCUUCUCGAGCCUUCCAAAUUAUGUACAGAAAUGAAGAAGUCACAUUACGAGACAUCGUGCAUUUUAGAGCUCAUCUGCUAGUUGAUAGCCGUAACCUAAAAGAGUCCCUGGAACGGGCAGAAUGGAGCCUUGGCGUGGAGCUGUGGUGCAGCGAGGGAGCACAAUCGAGUACACUCUCGCCUGUAUCCUGUCGCGUACUAAAGCUACACUUUCAGCCAUCACAAGGCCUGCACUACCACCUGCCAGUGCUUUUCGACUACUUUCACCUAUCUGCCGUUUCCGUUACCAUCCACGCAAGCUUAGUAGCCCUACAUCAACCAUAUAUCAAGAAAAGCAUCAUGCAUUACGUACAAAGUUGCACACCCCGUUCUAGCAAACAAUGGGGCAAAUUGAUGAAAAGUGCAGGAUCAAAUUUUAACGCUUCGGGAAGCUUAGAAAAUAUUCUCUUCGGAUCGAGUGGGAAAUGUACCGGCGGGAAUUCUAGCAAAAUAGCACAUGCCAGACAAGUGCAUGCAGAAGUUUGUGGUAUUCUGCUUGGGUCCCUUGAGGGCUUGCAAAGUGCGUUAACUGUAUGCGGCUCGACCGGAGUGUUAUUGACUCCUGAAGAAUCUUCGUCCAAUUCCAUUGUUGGUGAAGUCGCACAAAGGAUAAAAGAUUUAAGCGACAUAGGCAAGAAAUCAGAAGCCGGGGAAGAAGAAGAAUGGGCAAUGGGAGCGGCACAUGACAUUGCAAGACUUUGUGCUGAGGUGACGCUUAGAUGGCGAGCUUUUUUACAUCACACCUCAGACCGCCCUCAUGUUCACCACGCCCUAGCCGCAAGACAUCAUGCAUUACGAAUCAAACGGUUCUCAGAAUGCUUCUUUGUACUAGACAAUCCUCGCCAUUCGCUUGCUGGCUGUUAUGACAGUAAUUACCAGUCAUAUCAAAGCGUAGGAGAAGCUGUAAGAAGGUCACGCUAUCUUGCGUUACUGCCUCCACUGCCAGUACACUGUAUUGCGCUUGAUGGUGACCCUCACAUCAUGCCCAUUAUAUUUGAAGACAGAUAUCAAGACACUGCUGAAUUUGCAAGAAGACGUUCAUUUUUAAAUUCUAACGCCAAUAAGUCUGGUAGUGAUCCCUUUCUUUGUCCAGAUCCGACUGGAGAAGACUGCGCUUGUAGUGUAAGUUCAAUAAUGGAUUCGAGAAGACCUUCAUCUGAAGCUUCCAGAGUAACGCUUACACUGCCUAAAACAAUUAUAGAUGUGCUUGACCCUCAGUUUAAGAGUCCCAAAGCGGGUACCAGUGUAGUUCAAGCUACAUUAACUUUAGCUCCUCAAAAAUCUGCCCGAGGCUCUCCAAAACGAACGUUAGUAAAACAAAACGUGGUGGAAAUGAACAAAGCGCAUAACAAGCAAUUAGAAUUAACUGGAAGAAACAGGUACAUAGUACAGAAUAACCAAAUAAGUGAAAUUCAGUUACCGCCUAAUAAUGUAUUUGCAUCAUGUUCAAUUCAGCAAGGUCAACAAAUGUCUAGAUACUCAGCUUCUACAUUAUUGGAUUUAAAUUCAAACAAAGGUAAUGUUAAUAUUUCUCAAUCAGGAAAAGACAAAGCUGACUCUGAUCAAGUUUUUGUACAAAAGCAUGAAAUUAGAAGUGGUGUUAGUACUUUACCAGCAAGACAUAGCAAAUCUUUAGAUCAAUUGAAAGUUUCACAAAUGGCACCACUAAGUGUACAACCAUUAACAAAAAAUGUUAAAAAUAGUUCUAAUACAUCAGUAAAUUAUCAAAAAACAUAUAAAUCUCCACAAUCUAUAAAACCUACAACUCUACCUAGAAGCGUUACUACUACAGCUUAUCCUACAAACACGACAACCCGAUGUGGAUCUAAAGGAGAUGAUUACAGAAGAAACAUAAAUGAAUUUAGAGAAAAAUAUAAAAAUCCAUGUAAUUCAAAUGUUCCCGGAAACAAUGAAGUAUUUCAUAAUGUACUUAAGUAUGAUAGUACAAUUAAAGGAAAUACGAACCAAAUUUAUGGUUACGCUUUCGGUAAUCAGGGUAAUUUGCAAGCGAAUAACGUUAUUCGUAAUCCUUUAGAAUUUCAAAGAGGCUAUAGUGUAAAUUUGCCCCGUCCUAUGUUGCCUCCUCGUAAUUCUUAUCCACCAGUUAGUGGAAAGACUCAAGUGACUGAUCAAAGUAAUCUAGUUUCUAAUAAACACGUUCAUAGAUCUAACUCUACGCAUGUAUUUCAACAAAAUAUUGAUAGCCAGCAAAUGGAUAUUGAAGCAGCUCGAAAUCAAUUAAGGCAUGAGCUAAACUAUUAUUUACAAAAAGGUGACUGGAGUUACGACUUUAAUACUGGUAGUCUUAUUCAAAACUACCAGAAGAAAUCUAGUAAAAGUAGUGAUGAUAGUGGUUUUGUAAUGACUUUAGAUAGAAGUAGUGAUGGAACAUCGAAAUCAACUUACUCAAAGACACCACCAUCAACUCCUCAUUCUAGUUUACCUUCCGUAAGGCAUAAAAAGAGUCGAUCUAAAGAUACAAAACUUAAUAAUAGUGGGAAAGAAAGUGCAAAAAUUAAUUCCAGUCGAGAUUCAUUAAGUAGCCACCAAUCAAUUAAAUCAAGAGAUAGUAAAUCCGAUCGACAUACGCCAAAAUCUGAUCGUAGUACCCCUAAAUCAGAUAGAGGUACUCCUAAAUCUGGCAAAACGACGCCAAAAUCUGGGGGAAUUACGCCAAGAUCUGGUUUAGCAACUCCAAAAUCAGGUAGAGCUACCCCUAAAUCUGGAGGUACUACACCCAAGAGUGGAAGAUCUAGCGGUAAACCAGAAAAACGUACCAAACAUAAAGCUUCCGAAAAAAUGACACAGCUUAUGUCAGAAGCUGCAUCAUCUUCAAGCGAUGAAAGUGUACCAUUCGAACUAAGAAGAUUGGAAUCAUCAACGAGCGUUCCAUAUAGUUUAGAUCAUGGAUCAGAAUUAAGACAUUGCAGAAGUGCUGCAUCAAUUAUAGAGGAACCUAACCUAAAUAAUACUUUUGGUUCUGAGUCAUUGCCAAAUUUGGCUCCACCACCUGCUUUCGAAUCUCCGCCAUUAGAUAUUACUGAUAAAGAUUUUAAAAUAUUGCCUCCCGAAAAUUUUCUUAACAAAGAAGAUAAACAAAGCAGAAGUUCUACAUCAAGUUUGAGUGAACAAAGUGGUUGGGUCUCAAGUGGUAGAAGUUCAGGUCCAUCUUCUCCAGACAAUGUUAGCUGUCAAUUGACUCAAAAUUACCCUCCUUCUAGUAGCACGAAUGUUUCAAAAGUUCCUGGUAAAAAAUAUGAAGAUACUGAUGAAACGCGUAAAAAACACGGUGAAAAAAUAAGCGAUUUUAAAAGAACCAUUCUUAACGGUGAACAGCUACGAGAGCGCUUACUCAAAUUAGCAGUCAAAGCCGUUCAAAGUAGUUCUACGGAAAAGAUUGAAUGCUGUGAUAAAGAAAUUUGCGAAGAAUGUACGAUUUGUAGCGAUUCCAUUUGUACUGAUAGCCAAUGUGAAUAUAACAAAAUGAUACACAGAGACGGAAUCGAUGCAGGUUGUAAUUCAGAUACUUGUACAGCAAGUUGUUUCCAACAGUAUUCUGACUCUAAUGCAGCCAAAAUCAAUCAAAGGCACAAUUCAUUUAGUGCCAUUCAAGGCAGUACAUACAGUUCCGUUAAUAAAAGUUCUAAUGAAGGUACUGUUAAAAAAUCUCAGACAGUCAGCGAUAACUUACAUCCUUAUAUUCGGAAAGAAAUUCCACCAAAAGCGCAACCUCCUCAACCAAUUGCUGAAAAAUCUAAUCCCAUAGAUAAGAUUAAAUUAAGAGAUAGAAUAGAAUAUACGGAAAAAUUAAUAGCGGCAGAAAUACUUAGUCUUGCGGUAGAUCGUUCAUGCAAAAGUCACAAAACUGUUGGUCCUGCCACAGCUGCGCAAAAAUACCAAGGUAAAGCAAAAUCAGAAGUAGACUUAAGCCAACAUAGUGGUGAAAACGAUUACGACCACUUACCUCCACCGAAGCAGUUUAGAGAUGCACCUCCACCACCCGACGAAUUUAAGGUAAACAAGGAUCCACCUUCAAAAUCUCCAAUGUUGAGCAGACAAAGUAGUAAGUCCUCAACACCGUCAAAAAAAAGAACAUCUGGCCAACCUACGACGUUGCAACUAGAUAAUCCUCUUUAUCACGUAUGCGAAGGAAUUUUAGAGAGGCGAAAAUUAAGACCCCAUCAAUCCAUGAAUACUACUACUACAUCUACUACCAGUACACUGAAUAAAAGUCAGAGUACUGGUGAAUUAGCUAGCAGAAACGAAAAUGGUAAAGAACAACGUCAGAGCAAUUUCAUUAGCAUUUUUGGGUUAGCUGAAUCGGAACGACUAUUCGUUAAAUGUAGGGAAGAAUUUAGACAAAGUGUUAAGUACCCAGGAGCAAUAUAUUCCGAUUUUCCACCGGUUGAAAAUUCCCUACCCUAUUUCCACAUUAGUGACGAAUAUAGGAUGUUUAAUCCAGAAGGUUUACACCUUAUUAUAUGCGUGCAUGGAUUGGAUGGCAAUGCCGCAGAUUUACGAUUGGUCAAAACAUAUUUGGAAUUAGGCUUACCGGGAGCUCGUUUAGAUUUUCUCAUGUCUGAGAGGAAUCAAGGUGACACAUUUUCGGACUUUGAUACAAUGACAGACAGGUUGGUCCAAGAAAUCAUGACACACAUACAAAAUUCAAGCGAGCCAGCUAGGAUAAGUUUUGUAGGUCAUUCCUUGGGCACUAUAAUUAUAAGAUCAGCUCUAGCAAGACCACAAAUGAAACCAUUCUUGGGAAAAUUACACACAUUCCUAUCCCUUAGUGGUCCUCACUUGGGAACAUUAUAUAAUUCUAGUGGCCUUGUUAAUGCAGGUAUGUGGUUUAUGCAAAAGUGGAAGAAAUCCGGUUCUUUACUCCAACUCUCUCUUCGUGAUGCUUCGGAUCCUAGAAGAUCGUUCCUGUACCGACUGAGUGAACGAAGUCAACUACAUCAGUUCAAACACAUUUUACUAUGCGGUUCAGGACAGGAUAGAUACGUACCGCUACAUUCUGCAAGGCUUGAACUUUGUAAGGCUGCUGCAAAAGAUACUUCAUUGUUGGGACAAGCUUAUAGGGAAAUGGUACACAACAUGGUUUCACCACUAGCAGCUCGAGCAUCGUCUGUCUCCGUUGUCCGUUAUGAUGUGCAACAUGCUCUCCCUCACACCGCUAGCGCACUGGUCGGUCGCGCGGCACACAUCGCGGCAUUGGAUUCUGAUCUCUUUAUAGAAAAGUUCCUCCUUGUCUCAGCUCUUAAGUAUUUUCGAUAAAUAACAGGACGAAAUUAUAAUUAACACUUCAAGCACCUACAUCCUAACAACAUAUGGAAGAUGCCUUCAACUCAUAAUCUGAUGGCAAAAAAGAAAAAUCUGUUCUUGAAAUUCUUUUAUAAUCAUUAUAAUAAUCAAGUCUUAUUGUAGAUACUAAUUUUUGGAUUCAAAUUGCAACAAUAUAAUAAAGACUAACAUUGAAUUGGC